AUGCCCGAAAUCGAGCCUAGUGCUGGGAACGAGAACAAGCUCGCCUUUAUGCGUAUCUACAAACAAAUUCCGCUAGAUGGCACUAGACUUGAUAGCUCUAGCGUUCGAAAGGCGCAGGCCUCCAACCUACAUGACCAUGGCCACGUGGAGCUGGACGCCUUGAAGCAUCUUACAGAAAGCGGGUGUACUGUCACCCCCCGCCUCCUUGGAUAUCAAAUCGGCAAGCAGGACGCAAACGACCUUGUCCCUGGCGGAUAUAUCUUACACCUAGUAUGGGAAAGGGUCCCAGGAGAUCCCCUUGAUAUUGAUGAGUUCUGGAGUCUUCCGUACGACAAACGAGAAUUCAUCCGUGACAAGUUCAAGAAGGCCUACACGGAAGUGUUAAAGUUUGGGUACCAGCCGAUCUUGCCGUCCCCGUCAAAAAUCAUACUCGACAAGACCACAGGUGACAGGCGGGCUGCCCGCGUCGAUCCAGACGCACGAUGGAAAGACUACAACUUUGCGAUGUUUCUCCUAGUCUUAAACUCCACAGAACGGGAUAAAUACCACCCUGUUAUGGCGGAAGAUAUCAAACAUGCUGAAAGCAAUGGCUGGAGGUGGUGA